GAAGAAGACAGCAAUGUGGCUGCCUUUGUAGAUGCAAUUUUAGUCUAGCUAUCCUCCUGAGCAAAGCUUGGUAGCUUUACAGUGUGAAAGUGACUGCUGCUCAGUCUGACGAGUGCCGUUGUCCAGUUUAGCACCACAGCUUCCACUUCCUAGCAAAUGAAGGAGAACAAGGAAAACUCAACUCCUAGCAGUUUCACCACAAAUCUGGACCACAUAAAACCAUGCUGGUACUGGGACAAGAAGGACCUGGCCCACACCCCGUCCCAGUCGGAGGGCCUGGACCCGGCGACUGAGGCCAGAUAUAGAAGAGAGGGUGCCAGGUUUAUAUUCGACGUAGGAACUCGAUUAGGGCUACAUUAUGAUACGUUGGCCACUGGAAUUAUAUACUUCCACCGUUUUUACAUGUUUCACUCUUUCAAGCAGUUUCCCAGAUAUGUGACUGGGGCCUGCUGUCUGUUCUUGGCUGGGAAAGUUGAGGAAACUCCAAAGAAGUGUAAAGACAUCAUCAAAACAGCUCGCAGCUUGCUCAACGAUGUGCAGUUUGCGCAGUUUGGAGAUGAUCCAAAGGAAGAAGUUAUGGUGUUGGAGAGAAUAUUGCUCCAGACAAUCAAGUUUGAUCUGCAAGUGGAGCACCCCUAUCAAUUCCUGCUGCGCUAUGCCAAACAGCUUAAAGGUGACAAGAACAAAGUGCAGAAGCUAGUGCAGAUGGCUUGGACCUUUGUAAAUGACAGCCUCUGUACGAUGCUGUCCCUUCAGUGGGAACCAGAGAUUAUUGCUGUGGCAGUCAUGUACUUGGCUGGUCGCCUGUGUAAGUUUGACAUCCAAGAGUGGACGUCCAAACAGUCUUCACGUCGCUGGUGGGAACAGUUUGUGCAGGAUGUCCCCGUAGAGCUAUUGGAGGACAUCUGCCACCAAAUCCUGGACCUGUAUUCCCAGGGCAAACAGCCUAUCCCGCAGCAGCCCCAAAUUCAGGAGAAAGAAAAGCCGCCACCUCCUCCUGUGAGCCAAACAAGCCAAUCGGGAGGGCCGAGCCCUGUGGCUCCGCCUCCACCCAAGAAGACCUCCCCCCAGGCCAGUCCCCCCCGCCAGCUAAAGCGCCAGCAUGUUUCUCCAAAAGAAGAGCCAAAAGUUGCCACAGAGCAAGUUGGUUCUAAAAUUCCACGUCUGGAAAGCCCAAUGCCUCCCCUACCAGUUGCCCAACCUCCUGAUCGCAAAGCCCCGCCCUCAGCUCCCGCCCCACCUGCAGAAGCAGAGCCAGCAGCCUCUGCUGACUCGGACCUGUCCAAGGCACCUCCUCUGCCUCACGGAGCUCCGCCCCCUCUUCCUCACCGACCACCACCUCCACCCCCCUCCAGCUACAUUAUGGGAAUGUCCACUUCCAGCUCUUACAUGUCAGGCGAGGGCUUCCAAAGCCUGCAGUCCAUGAUGAAGACCGACACACCGUCCUACGCUCCCAUGCCCUCUUAUGGGAUGCCUUACCACCCACAUGUUUACCCUCCAAACCCUCCUCCUCCGGGCCCGCCACCCACAACUUACCCUCCUCCAAACCUUCCACCACCAAACCCAGCCUACCCCCCACCUGGCUACAACCACAGCUACCCUCCCCCCCGCAUGCCACCCACGCACGCAGUGCCUCCCCCCGGCAUGGGUUUACCACCUGCUGGGUAUCCACCUCCACCGGUACCCCCUGGCCAGCCUCAGGUGCCCCUACCGCCUGGCAUGCCACCUGUAGCAGGGAUGAACCGUGGAGCCUGGAUGAGAUGAGAGAACAGGUGGUGGUUAUGCAAGUCAGUGGAGGGAAAGUAGGCAGAGUGGGUUCUGUAGUGGAGGCAUGUGCAUUCCCAGCCUUCUCUUUCUGAAUACCAUUCCACCAAAUCUGUUAUCAGUCACCAGUCUCAGGAAGGUCAUAAUUGUUUAGGCUUGUUAUGAGGGUUUGACUGUUAUGUAGUCAUGCAAUGCACCAUCAGACUUUUGAUUAACUAUAUAACUAUUACCUGUAUUCUGUUAUAAGGAUACAAAUAAAAAAUAUACAUCUUUGAAAAGAAAUCCCUUUUCCACUUCAAUUUGACAUUGACCAUCCUAAAUGUAAAAGACAAAAUUAUUUUGGAUCAGCAUUAAAAGAGCAUCCAGGCUCAAGUAAUCCACCAGUGCAGGAUGUGUACUUCCAGAAACUGGUCUUUCCUCUAAGUAAAACCAGUACAGUUGGUGGAAUGGAAUUCAGACUCAUAAUGUGUCUCCUAAUGUGUCGAUUAAAAAUCUGUGAAUAUCAGACAUGUCCUUGGCCGGAAUACUCCUGAAGAGGUAUUUUCUCUGGAGCCAGAAGAUUAUAAUUAUUUCUUUGAAGGGAAUGUUCCUUGUUCAGAACUGUAUAUGCAUACCAUACAUGUCUGGGAUGGAAAUGGCUUGGGCCUUUUGAAAAUACGAAUUCCAGGUUGUACAAAUCGUGCAGGGUUACCCUCAGUCACCUUUUGUCUAAACUAGCUUGUAGUUCUUCUUGGUGUUCAUUUAUACUGUUGUACAACAGAAUGCAUAAAUAUUUUGUUACUUAUACAAAUGAUGCCAAUACACGCUCAUAGUGGUCUUUUUCAUCCAAAUAUGUUGAAAGCAUUUCUUAUUUAUUUACAUGAGCUAUGGUUAAAUGACCACCCUUCAUCAAAUGGAUUCAGCCAUUAAUCCACCAGUUAAAAUGCAUAAAGGAGAAUAUUUUGUAAAUACUUUUUUAUGACUAUGGAGACAUCUUCAUUUUAGCUUUUCCAGAUGUGCCUUAGGCUAGAAUCUGAUGUGCCUACAUCACACCUGUACCCACCAGUUUGUUUUUAUUUCUUUGGCUCUUGGGGUAAUAAAAGUCUUUUCCCUGUUCUGCUUUCAUCAAA